UUUAAGUGCUGGUCAUUCUUUUUAUGAGAAAGAAACAAUAGCAUGUUUUUAUCUUUAUAUAUGCGCUUUUCUUUUUAACCAUGUACUUUUGUAGGUGAAGCUUUGCCUAUGGCUAUGGAUUAAGAUAAAUGAAUAUGUCUGUUUUAGGUUUUUGACUUGUCUGUGCUCCCGGAGGCUGAGAACAACAGGAACUAUAUAACAGGGCAAGUUACUUACUGCCUGUGCUUCACUCAGAAGAGCUAGAUACAAGGACAGCAACAGGUCCAAAGUUUGGGUUCUUUGUGGCGAAGAUACAGAAUCUUGAAUAAGUCAUGGCUGACAUUGCACAACAAUUGCCAUACUUCUAUGGCAAUAUUACCCGGGAAGAAGCUGAAGAUUACCUAAAACAAGGUGGUUUGAGUGAUGGUCUGUAUUUAUUGAGACAGAGUCGAAGUUACCUUGGAGGUUAUGCCUUAUCUGUUGCUCAUGGAAGGAAAUAUUACCAUUACACCAUUGAACGAGAAAUAAAUGGGACAUAUGCAAUUUCUGGUGGAAUAUCUCACAACACUCCUGUAGACCUCUGCAAUUAUCACAUGCAGGAAAGUAGCGGACUUGUUUGUUUGCUCAAGAAACCAUUAAAUCGUCCGCAUGGGGUUGAACCCAAAAUUGGCCCUUUUGAAGACCUAAAAGAAAAUCUUAUCAGAGAAUAUGUACGACAAACAUGGAACUUACAGGGCGAAGCUCUUGAACAAGCUAUUAUAAGCCAAAAACCUCAACUUGAAAAGCUAAUAGCUACAACCGCACAUCAAAAAAUGCCAUGGUUCCAUGGUAAAAUCUCUAGGGAGGAAUCUGAACAAAUAAUACUAAAUGGACCAAAGACUAAUGGAACAUUUCUAAUAAGAGAAAGAGACAACAAUGGAUCGUACGCGUUAUGCUUGCUACAUGAUAGGAAAGUUUCACAUUAUCGCAUUGAUCGGGAUAAAACUGGCAAAUUAUCCAUACCAGAAGGGAAAAAAUUUGACACUCUGUGGCAGCUAGUUGAACAUUAUUCAUACAAGCCAGAUGGAUUAUUAAGGGUCCUGACAGUUCCAUGCCAAGGAUCAAACUACCUUAGACACGAUUUUGGUAUAAGCCCAGCAGUUCCAGAUUAUCAUCCACUGAGCUGGUCACCAGGUGGACUUAUCACAAGAAUCAAAUCGUACUCCUUUCCAAAGGCUGGCAGCAAAAAGCAAGCUGCUCAUCCAGCUAUGAAUCUUUCUGCAAGUGUCUCGUCACUAAAUCCAUAUGUACGGAGACCAAAAUCAACCAAAUCUGAAGCAGAAUAUGCCAUGCCAAUGGACACUGAUGUAUACCGAGGUAUAUAUGAAGACCCUGAAGAGUUGAAACCAAAAACUGUCAAAAUAUUACCAAAGCAACUCACUCUUCUUGACCAAGAGCUUGGUUCUGGAAAUUUUGGAACUGUUAAAAGGGGAAUCUUAAAGAUUACAAAAACUGAAAGGAAAGUUGCUGUUAAAAUUCUUAAGAAUGACAGCAAUGAUCCUUCUAUACAAGAGGAGUUGCUGAGAGAAGCUACAGUCAUGCAGCAACUUGAUAAUCCGUACAUUGUUAGAAUGAUCGGCAUUUGUGAAGGAGAGUUUUGGAUGCUAGUGAUGGAGUUAGCAGAACUUGGACCACUAAAUAAAUUUUUGGCUUCAAACAAGCAUGUCACAGAAAAGAAUGUAACAGAACUCGUUCAUCAAGUUUCCAUGGGAAUGAAGUAUUUAGAAGAGAACAAUUUUGUCCACAGGGAUUUAGCAGCAAGAAAUGUUUUAUUGGUUACACAGCAUUACGCAAAAAUCAGUGAUUUUGGACUUUCAAAAGUUAUUGGAGCCGAUGAAAAUUACUAUAGAGCAAAAAGUUGUGGGAAAUGGCCUGUUAAGUGGUAUGCACCAGAAUGCAUCAAUUUUUUUAAGUUUUCAAGCAAAAGUGAUGUUUGGAGCUUUGGCGUGCUAAUGUGGGAAGCAUAUUCAUUUGGUCAAAAGCCAUACAGGGGAAUGAAAGGUGGUGAAGUUUCUCAGAUGAUUGAAAGUGGGAGGAGGAUGGAGUGCCCUGCUAGAUGCCCGUCAGAAGUAUAUGACAUCAUGAUGUUAUGCUGGAUUUACAAUAUUGAAGAGCGACCUGCUUUUGCAAGUGUAGAAAUGAAACUGCGAAACUAUUAUUAUGAAAUUGCCCAAUAACUGACUUCUGUGAACCGUUUACAAGUGUAAAACCAAACGAAAAAAUGGGAAUAAAACAUAUUUAUGAAGCUUCUGCGGGCAUAAAAAUGUUUGUGGCAUUUAGUUUUUUAUUUUUGUAUUACAAACAGCAUAGCUUGGCAUUUUAUUUUCUUUCACACUGUUACAUAUAUGCUAUUUUGUUCCUUAGCAAGUUAAAUGUGGCAAUAUCUAUGUUAACUGUAUCUACUGUAUGAAACUGCGUGUGCAUUCGCUUAAGCUACAGUAUGUUACAUAAUAAUUGUAUGUGCCAGAAAUUGUUUUUCAAUGUGUUUCUUUUUUUUAAUAUAUAUUUGAACUGGUAGUGCAUAAUGUCAUGCUAAUAAAAGCAUUUUUAAAAUGUAUUUGAUUUUGCUUAAUAAAAUAUUUAAUUGGU